AUGCACAAAUGGUUGCGGACACUGCCCCAAUUCGAAAUGAACUGGAACCAGCUGCCGACGUUGUUUAUUGAGCAACUUGAGGCGGCAAACUGGGAAUCGCCGCAGCUUCAUGGGAUUUCCAAUGGCGCUCAUGUUGCCGGUCCACAUCGCAGAGUUAGUCCCGCCUGGAUGACUGGGGGCCAGCGAAUGGGCUAUGGUUAUAACUUGGUGGACAAUGCCGAGGAACACUCACCAAAAGUCCAGUCCACUUUCGAAAGGGAAUUGGCAAAGAGACACUUCGGAGCCCAGCCGACGGUCUCCUAUGAGCAAAAGCCCUACCAAUACCAAGGGAAACCCCAUUUUGACCCCAACGAUUUCGAGGCCAUUCAGUUCGAGGUAAUAGUCACGCACCGCUGGCAGUGGAUGUGGCUGGUGAAGGAAUGGGUGCAGGGGAAGCCUGCCGUGAAAGCUCGGAACCGCGCGCAACACAUUGAGUCGCCAAUCUCUGCAAAAACGCCUAGUUCUGCAAAGAGCUUUUAUAUCGAAGACGUCGACGAAACGCUCUUAAGUCGAUGGGCGAAGGCCAGCCGGUCCACACGAAAACCACCACAGCCGGACAAGUACCACGAUUCAACCUAUGGGCGCAAUGCCAGUACUUCAGAUGCCUCACCGCUUGGCGAACGUCGCUUCUCGAUGGAUCAGACUAACAGUCGGCCGUCCGUGUACUUCGAUCCGUCGCAUAACAAGAGUGCGGACAAAUUGAACGGAGAACCUUCUCGCUCUCGCAGUGGACGUUGGAUACUAGGUUUUCCAGAAACAGAGAAAGCAAGAGACGGAACCAUCUCAGGAAUCGCCAGUAGCAGUACGAAGAGCGUCCGUCGAGUGACCUCGGACGAGCAAACUCUACCAGAAGCGAUAUGGCAGAGGAUCUUGCUAGUGCGUAUCAGAGCGCAUUGGAAUGCCUGUGGCGAUUUAUGGAAGCCGGUGGGCGAGCCGAACGAGUCUGGUGGUGGAGGCGGAGGCAAGAGUGACGAGGUUAUCGAGGACUUUGGAGCCAAUUUUCCCUUUAUUGUUACUCAUGGGUUGGAGUUGGUCUGA